AUGGCGCUGAAUUCAGAGACUGUUAGUGCGGAUGAAUUAAAAAGAUUAACUGUAAUCAAGCUUGAAUAUAUCCAUUCUUCUUUGCAAAAUAACAGUUUACAAGUGAAUGAAAUUCUUGAGGAAUUGGAGCUUAUAUUCGAAGCAUUACAUGUUUUGGAUUCUAAU